AUGAGGAGCCUGUGUGUUUCUGUAGUUCUGUUGCAGCUUCUUGGGACUUGCUUGUGCCAAUUCCCUCGCCCGUGUGCCAACUCAGAGGGACUACGGACUAAAGAGUGUUGCCCGGUGUGGGAUGGUGAUGGCUCAGCCUGCGGUGCCAUGUCAGGCCGUGGUUUCUGCACAGAGGUGGAGGUCUCAGAUGAGCCCCAUGGACCCCAAUACCCACACAGUGGGAUUGACGACAGAGAGCGCUGGCCUUUAGCUUUUUUCAACCGGACUUGUCGUUGUGCCGGAAACUAUGGAGGUUUUAACUGUGGAGAAUGCAGGUUUGGUUACUGGGGUUCAAACUGUGCAGAGUACCGGGAAUCAGUGCGCCGAAACAUCCUGACCCUGGCAGUUUCCGAGCAACAGAAGUUCAUUUCCUACCUGAACCUGGCUAAGAACACCAUCAGCCGUGACUACGUCAUCUCCACAGCAACCAGAGCAGAGAUGGGUGAAAAUGGUGAGAACCUCUUGUUCUCUGACAUCAACACCUAUGACCUGUUUGUCUGGAUGCACUACUACGUGUCCCGGGAUGCCUUCUUGGGAGGGCCGGGGAAUGUAUGGAGGGACAUCGACUUUGCCCAUGAAUCUGCAGCAUUUCUGCCCUGGCACAGAGUCUUCCUGCUCCACUGGGAGAAUGAGAUAAGGAAGCUGACAGGAGAUUUUAACUUCACCCUCCCAUACUGGGACUGGAGGGACGCUCAGAGCUGUGAUGUGUGCACCGAUCGUCUGAUGGGCGGACGCAGCCCCCUCAAUCCCAACCUCAUCAGCCCUGGUUCUGUCUUCUCUUCAUGGAAGGUGAUAUGCACCCAGCCAGAGGAAUACAACAGCCGAGAGGCACUGUGUAAUGCUACUGGGGAGGGUCCACUAUUGCGUAACCCUGGCAACCAUGAUACACAGCGCACAGCGCGACUUCCUACAACAGCUGAUGUGGAUUUCACUGUGGGCCUCACUGAGUACGAGACGGGAACCUUGGACCGAUUUGCCAACAGCAGCUUCAGAAACGUAAUAGAAGGUUUUGCCAGUACAGAGACGGGGAUGGCAGUGUCCGGCCAGAGCACCAUGCACAACGCCUUGCACAUCUUCAUGAACGGCUCCAUGUCCUCAGUGCAGGGCUCAGCCAACGACCCAAUAUUUCUGCUGCACCAUGCGUUCAUUGACAGCAUCUUUGAGCGCUGGCUCAGGACCCACCAGCCUCUUCGAUCCAACUACCCCAGUGCCAAUGCCCCUAUUGGCCACAACGAUGGCUACUACAUGGUGCCAUUCCUGCCUCUUUAUAGAAAUGGAGAAUAUUUCCUGAGCAACAAGGCUCUGGGAUAUGAAUAUGCCUACCUGUUGGACCCUGGCCAGAGAUUUAUGCACGAGUUCCUGACGCCUUACCUCGAGCAGGCCCAACAGAUCUGGCAGUGGCUCCUGGGAGCCAGUAUCCUCGGGGCAGUCAUUGCCUCAAUCAUUGCUACACUGAUUGUGGUUGCAAGAAGGAAAUGGAAGCGUAACCAGAGGAGGAAGACAGCAUUGAUUUAUGGCGAGAGACAGCCGCUACUUAACAGCAGCUCAGAGGAAGGUUCAGCUUCCUAUCAGACAACUCUGUAA